AAAAAAAAAAAAAAAGAAGGAACAGUUAUCCUAAAAAAGAAAUAAAAAUGGUAUCCUUGAAUCUUUCCCGAUGGCCAAACUGACAGUUCCCCCGAAAUCAGAAGAAUCCUCUCAAAUACAUCUGACUUUUUCUUUCACAUCCCAAGAGAAUGAAUUUCUCUACCACCACCACCUCUUCUCUCUGCCUCACCCCGAUACUUCUGUGGCUCUUUGUGUGACAAAAUCUGCAAGUGUACGUUGUUGAAUGCUUCUCUCUCAUAAAUGCACUUUUGGCCUUCAACUCCUUUUUGGGAUUUUUAAUCUCUCUUUUCUUUUCAUUUUUUUUUUAAUGUUUUUGUCGGUUUCUCCACACUCUCUCUUUCUAGCUAUAUAAUGGUCCCUUUCAGUUUUAACCAGAAACCAAUGAUACAAAGAUGGCAAAGGUUAUGCCUUUAAUGAGAUAGAGAGAGAGGUUGUCAUGCAUCUCUUCUGAUAUAACGACAUGAAACUCUAGCUUUAAACCUACCCCAUUUCUUGUGUACGUUCUGGUUUCUUCUUGUUUUUAUUGUUUUUGUUAAUUAAUUGCGACGCCAUUAUUUGUGUGAAUAGAAAGGGAGGUUUUGGUGGUUUUGGCUCUGUGUCUGGCCAACUGGCGCUGGUUAUUAUGGUUGUUCAAGCACAGUUGUACUCUGAAAGUCUCUCUCUACCUUUCUCUGGUUUGCAGGAUUAUAUGGUUAAUAAUCUUGUUUCUGAGUUUGAAGCCGAUUUGUGCUUCGGUUUUCAAGAGUCCCAGCAGCAGAAUCUCUUUCUUCUACCACAGAGCUCUCAACACUUUGGCUUUGAUUGCAAUAAUAGAGGGGCAGUGCCUUCUUCUUCUUGUUCUUCACAAUUAACUUGUGAUAGUUUCCUCUUAAUGGAUCUUUUUCAGUCUCUUGAUCCUCGUCAUCUUGAAAUACAAAGGCAAGAGUUGGACUGCAUUUUGCAAUUACAGAACGAGAGGCUAAGAUCUGCAUUGCAAGAGCAAACAAGGCAACAACUGGCAAUUCUGCUAAAGAGUGUGGAAUCCAAGGCCAUAUCUUUAAUGAGGCAAAAAGAAGAGGAUUUGGCACGAGCAACAAGGGAAACGAUGGAACUUGAGGCUUGCUUAAGAAAAGCAGAGAUGGAGAGAGAAUCAUGGCAAAGAGUAGCAGGAGAAAACGAAGCAAUGGUCAUAGAUCUAAGCAACACGCUAGAACAGGUCAGAGAGAGACUGUUCUUGGGCAGCACUAGAAGCCAAGAUACGGAGUCCUUUAGCUGUCAUUCAUGCGAGGGAGAACAAGAAGAGGAUAACAGCACAAAAAAGAUGGCAUGCUGUAAAGUGUGCAAUUCUAGGGCCUCGUGCGUUCUCUUUCUUCCUUGCAGGCAUCUCUGCUCGUGCAAGUUUUGUGAGGCUUCUCUCGCCUAUUGUCCUAUCUGUGAAUCCGUGAAGGAAGGAAGCAUGGAAGUUCUUUGGGUCUAACAAUUGAGCAAGGCACGAAAAUCAAAAGAAAUGGUAGUGUCUUUCUUUUUUAAGGCCUUCUUGAGGUCUAUAUUUGCAGUUUUUUCUUGAAUCGAAAUGAUAGUAGUAUCAGGAAAGGGUGGGUCAAUUAUAUUUUACAUGAUUUAGCUCAGCAAAGUUGAAACCAUUAUUUAUUUUGA